GCGGGAGUGGUUAUUUUUGCACCAAACUAAUCAGACGCAUCUGUUUUGCUUUGUGUGAGAAGUAACUAAACCAUCGUCUCCCGGGUCGUGGUAGCGCCAUGGACCGCGGGCGCCUUGUCGCCGUUGUGCUAGCAGGCAUCCUGCACUCGGCCCUCGUCGCCGCCGAGGACCGGCACGUUUUCCUGAACUGGGAGGUGUCCUACUCCGUGCGAUCCCCGCUGGGCGUCUCCAAGAGGGUGAUCGCCAUCAACGGCCGGCUCCCCGGGCCGCUGCUCAACUUCACCACCAACGACGUCGCCCACGUCAACGUCGUCAACACCUUGGACGAGCCUUUCCUCCUCACAUGGAACGGUCUCCAGUUGAGGAGAAACUCGUGGAACGACGGCGUGGCGGGCACGAACUGCGCGAUCCAGCCCGGGGAGAACUGGACCUACGUGUUCCAGGCCAAGGACGAGAUUGGCAGCUUCUUCUACCGGCCCUCGCUGGGGCUGCACGCCGCUGCCGGCGGCCACGGCCCCAUCCGCGUCAACAACCGCCCCGUCAUCGACGUCCCGUUCCCCCAGCCCGACGGCGAGUUCGACGUCCUCAUAGGGGACUGGUACAACAUGGACGCAAAGGAGAUGAAAGAGCGCCUGGACAGAGGCCGCGGACUGCCUCCGCCGGACGGCAUCUUGAUCAACGGCUUGGGCCCGUACGAGGCGGAGGUGACGUUCAAGGCAGGGCGCACGUACCGGCUUCGCGUGUCGAACGUGGGCACGAGGACGUCGCUCAACUUCCGGCUCCAGGGCCACAAGCUGCUGCUGGUGGAGGCGGAGGGCACCUACACCCUGCAGAAGCACUACGCGUCGCUGGACGUCCACCCCGGCCAAUCCGUCUCGGUCCUCGUGGCGGCCGACCAGGCGCCCAAGGCGUAUUACAUGGUCGUCAGCUCCCUCUUCGUCCUCCCGGAGAUCUUCGGCGUCGCCACCGUCCUAUACGCCGGCUCCGGCGAGCAGCCGCCUUCCGGCGACGCGCCGCUGGACGACCGGUCCUCGCACACCAACUACAACCGUUCCAUGGAGCAGGCCAUGUCCAUAAGGAUGAACCUGACCUCCGGCGCGGCGCGGCCCAACCCGCAGGGCUCCUUCCACUACGGGGAGAUCAACGUCACCCGCACCCUGCUCCUCCGGAACGACGAGUCCGACAUCGGCGGCCGGCGGAGGUGCACGGUGAACGGCGUGGCCUUCGCCAACGCGGGCACACCACUGAAGCUGGCCGACUACUUCAGGAUCGCCGGCGUCUUCAAGGUCGUCUCCGGCAGGCCGGAGAGGAGGAACGCGUCCCUCGGCACCACGGUCAUCGACGCCUCCUACAGGGAUUACGUCCAGAUCGUGUUCGAGAACAGGCUGCCGUCCAUGCAGACAUGGCACCUCGACGGCCACAGUUUCUUCGUCGUCGGUUGUACAGAUUCGAAAUGACGAUGUAAUGUGUCGAGUACAACCGGGCUCCAAGGUGUCGGUUCUACAACGAGCGACGUAGAGCUCGUAGCACACGCGGAUCUUAUCACGAACAGAUUGUCUCGGCCGCCGCUAUGUCAACUACAAUGGUAUGAAAAUAGAGCUGUAGUAGUAUUUUACUUUUGCUGUAAAAUGAAUUUGUAAAUUUGUGUUCACAUUGUAUUAGUCUGUUUCAAUGCAUCGUCAUAGAUGUCCAGCGCUUGCACAUAA